UUUUCCAGGCUUAUUCUACGCUUUCUUGUCUCAUUAGCCCGACGCGGAGUGUGCUUGAGAGAAAGAAGUAAGUCUCUUUUAGUGAAAACCCUAGACAAUAUCAGGAAACGUUAUCGCGUGUUGGGAAAAUUAAUGGUGAAGGAAGGAAGACUUCCUGAUCCCGAGUUGCUCUACUUCUUUACCAACGAAGAGAUUCGAGACCUAUUGAUAACACGAUCUGCUCAUUUAAUCUCUACAGCUAUCCGUAGACGCAGAAUUCAUGAAAAAUUAGAUGUUAUGAUUUUUCCGGAGAUUAUGUUUGGUGAGCCUAAGCCUAUUUCGAAAGAAGAAACUGAGAACGCAUAUUCCUGUCUUGAAGAAUUACGAGGUGUUACCGUAUGUCAGGGUGUAGUAAAGGGUGUAGCUCGUGUAGCUAGAAACCUUAAAGAGGCCUCAAGUUUACAGCAAGGAGAUAUUCUCAUUGCCUACUCUACAGAUAUAGGAUGGUCUCCACACUUUCCACUUCUGAGUGGUAUUGUCACAGAGAUAGGAGGUCUAAUUUCUCAUGGUGCUGUGGUGGCGCGGGAGUAUGGGAUUCCAUCUCUUAUGUCGGUUCAUGGUGCAAUGACAAUGUUAAAGACAGGUGACUUGGUAAUUCUGGAUGCCACUCGGGGUGUACUGAAGAAAAUAAAAAAAGAAGAAACGCUUUGAGCUAGCCAUUAGCAAUAGCGACGUUAUCACGCAACAUUUAUUACAUGUAUUUAAUAUAUUUUUCAAAAUUCAAGGACAAUAGAACGGUUCUUUGUUGGUUUUUUUUCUAUUUUUCCAAAGUAUCGUUACAAAAUACAAUGAUUUAAGGGCUAUAGUACUAAAAAUAGAGGUAAGAUAACAGAACACAAUUAAUAAUAAUAAUAAUAACGAUUGAAGAAAAUAAUUCGAAAAAUUAAUUAACAGAUACAUUGAUAAAUAAAUAAAAGCAUCAGUGUUAAAAGUUCGGCUCUUCAUUUACGAUGAAACUAUUUUUAGCUUACUUUUCAUUUUUAAUGUUAAAAUCAGAACUACUGUCUUGGAAAAUGUUUCAAUCCAAGGUUAAUC